UUGGAGCCCAGCCCACCAUACUGUUACCCGGUUGAUUGUCUUCUCAUCGGGAUGGAUCAGUCCUCCUCUGGCCCAAUCACGAGCGUUUCGGUUCAACCAGUUGAUCAAAAUGGAACUGAACCCUCUCCAGAACUGUGCCAAAUUGAAGAGGGUCUGUUCUUGGGUUCAAUUACCGAAGCAACUAUGAAGGAUGCACUCAAACAAGCCAACGUAACUCACAUUUUAACCGUCGCCAGCUUCUUACCUUCUUUUCCAGAAGAAUUUCAGUACAAGGUCGUCAAUAGUAUGAACCUUAUAUUUUGUCCUGGUGUUUCUCCAGUUUCGGACAGCGUGAACACGAACAUUGCACAGCACUUCGAUGAUUGUUUCGAUUUCAUCGAUGAAUCUAAACGACUUGGUGGUGGCGUGCUCGUACACUGCUUCAUGGGAGUUUCAAGAAGUGUGACUGUUGUUGUUGCUUACCUGAUGAAGAAGCGGCAUAUGAGCUUAUCCCAAGCCUUGCAACAUGUUCGGAGUAGGCGGCCUCAGGCUUCUCCCAAUCCUGGAUUCAUAUCACAGCUGCAGAAGUUCGAACAGUCUCUUAAAGGUGAACCUUGAAACUAGCAAAAUGUCGUCAUUCCAAUCCUUUAAUAACAUUUUAGUCCAUGGAACUGCUGCUUAUGGAGUAGAUUAUCUAUU